AUGAGGCGGACCAUAGUUCAGGCAGCUGAGGCCAAAAUGCCAACAGUUCUCCCUGACUGGGCUGUGAAAAGGCCAACAGGGCUCAGUCGAGCAUUAGAUGGACUAGGUGUGAGGUUUUCUGUAUUGGCCAAAAAAAUAAUAGCGCUGAGCGAAGUGAUGACUGGGCUCCAGCCGAAAGAGUCGCUGUAUCGCAUCCCAAGACUUCUUGCCGUCAGUGGUGUCCGUCCCACAGUAAUGGACAAUGUUUUUAUUGCACCCAGUGCAUUCGUGUCCGGAGAUGUUCGAAUUGGACGAAAGAACUAUAUUGGAUACAAUGCAAUUAUUCGAGCUGAAAAGGGUGAAACAAUUUACCUUGGAGAAAGCUGCAAUGUUCAGGAGAAGGCCCUCGUGACUGGGAGCACCACAAUUGGAAAGUGGGCGACAAUUGAGCCAAUGGCCAUAGUUGAGGCGGCAGAUAUUGCUUCCUGCUCAUUCGUUGGGGCUAAUGCUAUUGUCAUGAGAGGUGCAAGAAUGGAGUCUGGCUCGAUGCUAUGUGCGGCCUCUGUUCUUCAGUCAGGCGUCAUUAUCCCUUCUGGAGAAAUGUGGUCUGGUAAUCCAGCUGAGAAGAUAAGAGACUUGACUGAAAAGGAACAGGAAGAUAUAAUUAAGGCCGCGAAACACAUGGUGCUUCUUUCAAUAGAACACAGAGAUUCCUGGGAACUGACAUGGGAAGAACUUGAGGACCAGCGUGAGGCUCGGGAGCAGUUUGCUCGUUAUGCAGAGAAUAACAGAGAAAUCCGUACAAAGCCCAUGUACAUUAAGGAACCGCCACGACCAAGUAGAAAAGCUAUGGGUAGGAAAACACCACAAGAAAUGGUGGAUGGUGGCGAACAUAAACCACCAUUGGCAGAAAGUAUCCAUCAAGGCUAUUGA